AUGGAGACCAGCAGCCCGCGGCACCCAAGGCCCAGCCCCAGCGCAGGGUUGAGCCUGGACGCACGGCUGGGCGUGGACACGCGCCUCUGGGCCAAGGUAUUGUUCACCGCGCUCUACUCGCUCAUCUUCGCGCUGGGCACAGCGGGCAAUGCGCUGUCCGUGCACGUGGUGCUGAAGGCACGGGCGGGUCGCCCCGGACGCCUGCGCUACCACGUGCUCAGCCUGGCGCUGUCGGCGCUGUUGCUGCUACUGGUCAGCGUUCCCAUGGAACUCUACAACUUCGUGUGGUCCCACUACCCCUGGGUCUUCGGCGAUCUGGGCUGUCGUGGCUACUACUUCGUGCGGGAGCUGUGCGCCUAUGCCACGGUGCUGAGCGUAGCCAGCCUAAGCGCAGAGCGCUGCCUGGCUGUGUGCCAGCCGCUGCGUGCCCGCCGCCUGCUCACUCCGCGCCGCACCCGCCGCCUGCUGUCCCUGGUUUGGGUCGCCUCACUGGGCCUUGCCCUGCCCAUGGCGGUGAUCAUGGGACAGAAGCAAGAAGUGGAGGGGGCCAAUGGGGAGCCCGAGCCCGCCUCGCGCGUGUGCACGGUAAUGGUGAGCCGCACCACACUGCAGGUCUUCAUCCAGGUGAAUGUGCUGGUGUCCUUCGUGCUUCCCUUGGCACUCACCGCCUUCCUGAACGGGGUCACUGUCAACCACCUGAUGGCCCUCUACUCCCAGGUACCAUCAGCCUCUGCCCCAGUCAACUCAAUCCCCAGCCGCCUGGAGCUCUUGAGUGAGGAAGGCCUCCUGGGUGUCAUCGCGUGGAGAAAGACCCUGUCUCUAGGGGUCCAAGCCAGCCUGCUGAGACACAAGGAUACCAGCCAGAUCCGCAGCCUCCAGCACAGCGCCCAGGUUCUCAGAGCCAUUGUGGCUGUGUAUGUCAUCUGCUGGCUGCCGUACCAUGUCCGCAGGCUCAUGUACUGCUACAUCCCUGAUGACGGGUGGACUGACACACUCUACAAUUUUUAUCACUACUUCUACAUGGCGACCAACACGCUCUUCUACGUCAGCUCGGCAGUGACCCCGGUCCUCUACAACGCUGUGUCUUCCUCCUUCAGGAAGCUCUUCCUGGAAUCCCUCAGCUCUCCGUGUGGUGAACAGCACUCCCUGGUGCCCUUACCCAAGAAGCCCCAGAGUCACCCCCUAGUACAUACAGUUUCCGGCUUUGGGGGUCGCCAAGAAACCCCAGCCUGGGUGAAAUACAAGUAUGAAGAGAAUAACAAUGGCUGCCUGGGACAUGCUCAUCAGACAAGCCAUGCCAUCACUAACAAUCCAGGUGGACCUCCUGACCCAGCUCACUCACUGAGCAGUGCCUACUACGGGCAAGCCACAUAACACCCACUACCUUCAGCUUUCCACCUGUGCUACUGAGUUAAAUAGGAACCGUUGCCUAGUGAUGAAGGUGUCCAGUGCCAGGCCUGGUACAUAGCCAAUACUCAAUAAAUUUAACUGGUGCUAAUCUUUUUUUUUCUCUCUCUCUCUGUAUGUGUGAGUGUGUGUUGGCAUGUGCAUGUGAACACAUAUGUGUAUGCACAUCCAUGUUUGUGUAUCUUAUGUGGUCUUGUGUGUCCAUGUGCUCAUGUAUGUGGAGGCCAGAGAUCAUUGUCUUAGAUAGGGUUUCUAUUGCUGUGAAGAGACACCAUGAUCAUGGCAACUCUUAUACCGGAGUUUAAUUGGGGCUGGCUUACAGUUCAGAGGUUUAGGCCAUUAUCAUCACAAAGGGAAGCAUGGUGGCGUGCAGACAGACAUGGUGCUGGAGAAGUAGCCGAGAGUUCUACAUCUGGAUCCUCAGGCAGCAGGAAGAGAGAAUGACACUGGGCCUGACUUGAACAUUUGAAACCUCAAACCCACUCCCCAGUGACAUACUUCCUCCAACAAGGUCAUAUGUCCUAAUCCUUUCAAAUAAUGCCAUUUUAAUUCAAAACAGCACAAGCAUCCACCUUGUUUUUGAGACAUAGUCUCUUCCAGGACUUGAAUUCACCAAACAUGGUAGACUAGCCGAACAGAGUCCAAGUGUCCUGUCGCUGUCUCCCUGGCACUAGGAUUCUAAGUGUGUGCCACUACCACACCCAUGCAUGUUUAAAAAGCAUGGAUUAUGGUAUUUGUUUUAGGAUUUCUUUCUCUUUUUCUCAAGACAAGGUUUCUCUGUGUAGCUUUGGAGCAAACUAGACCAGCGCCCCCCACCCCAUCUUGCUUCUUCCGUUUCUGGCAGACAAUCCUUAAUGUUCUGUGUUUGAAGAUCUCUCACUCCAGCCUGCACCUCCUUGUCCCAUGGUCUUGGCAUGCUUGUGUUCCUCAGGGGGCAUGGCUCUUCACUCUAGGACAGUGGUUUUCAACCUUCCUAAUGCUCAAACCCAUUAAUACAGUUCCUCAUGCUGUGAUGACCCCCAGCCAUAAAAUUAUUUCCAUUGCUACUUCGUAGCUGUAAUUUUGUUACUGUUAAGAAUCAUAAUGUAAAUAGCUGUGUUUUCCGACGGUCUUAGGUGACCCCUGUGAAAAGGCUGCUCUAGUGUAAUCUUAACCAGUUUACAUAGUAAGGAUCUAUUACCAAAUGAGGCCAGAAUCCUGAGAUGUUGAGGGUUAGGACCAAAAAGUCGUUGCGGGGUCCAAUACCUCUUUUGAAGAUCACAAAAACCCCCACCUGGGAGGGCAGGCAGGCCUGCACCUCUGGAUAAAGGUUUCUGUUGAACAAGGACAGGCACAAGCAUGACCCCAGUCCCCAGGAAGAAUACAAGAGCUUGCCAGAGUUGAAUGAAGAAAGAGAGAAACUGGGGCAGUGUAUUUGGGGAAUGACAAAUCCACUCACAGGAUCCUUGUUUCUUCCCUGGGCACGAAGGCCUUUCCAACUGCUUUGCCCAUUAAGAUGCUAAUCUUUUCUGAGCUGGGACAUCUGCCCAGACAAGCAGAUUGAAAAAGAAAUGAGAUCGGUUGUUUCUGGAGGCCGCCUUCGUUCAUGGUCCUCCCUCAAAUAAAAGCUGUCUGUAGAAGCUGAAGACAGGUCAAAUGUUUUCGGUGCAAAUUUCUAAACCUAGCGGACAAUGAGGACUACUGAGAACUCAAGAACAAUGGCAAUGGGUUUUUGAUCCUACUGCAAGUACUGGCUUUGUGGGAGCCUAGGCAGUUUGGAUGCUCACCUUCCUAGACCUGGAUGGAGGUGGGUGGUCCUUGGACUUCCCACAGGGCAGGGAACCCUGAUGGCUCUUUGGGCUAACGAGGGAGGGGGACUUGAUUGGGGGGGGAAUGGGAGGCGGUGGCGGGGAAGAGACAGAAAUCUUCAAUAAAUAAAAAAAUAAAGCAAAUUUCUGAAUGAAAAGAGAUUAAUAACCUCGGAUCCCCAGGCACUUCGCAAAAGGUGUAAAAUCCAGUGGGUUUGGUACCGACUCGUGUUUGUUAUAGACUCAUGUCCAAUAUGCAGCCCAAGUGGGCUUCCAGUGAAAAGAUAUGGGACCAAUACAUUUAUCCAAUACAGAGCGAGAGAAGCCGACUGUACCUUCCACUCUGUGACAGUGGUGGGAGUAGGUUAAGAUGGGAAGCUGCCAAAUGUUGACAGGGAUGUUACUCUGCUCGAAGGUCUACUCUUUCCUCACCUAACACCAGUGCAGUCUUAGGUCACAUAGUCUCUUUGUUAAAAUGGUCCCAGUGACAUCCACCUCAGAGUACUGCUGCAUUAGUAUAAUAGGAUGGCAUAAUGGUUAGCCGAGACUCAGCGGUGUUUGCUGAGCCCUGGGAUUUACUCUUUGACUAACACAUGUCCUGGAGAGCUGAGUCCAAGGAUCCUGGCUUCUGUCGUUGCUCUCCACACCCCAAGACAUAAUACUGUAAGAACCCCAACUUACCUACUCUUACAAACGCCAGCUCUCCAGUAUCUCUUAUCUCUCAUCAUGAUAUUCUCUACACUGCAGAAAGCAUUUGGGUAGCCUUUCUCUUUAGGGACCACACAUAUCAGAAAGGCCUGUGCAAGCCCAGAUGAUGAGAAGCAGAGAAUGAAGCUCUAAAGUCAGGAGCUAGAGCAGUGGUUCUCAACUGGUGGGUCAUGAUCCCUUUGGGGAAAUCAAAUGACCCUUUCACAGGGUUGCAGAUAUCCUGCAUAUCAGGUGCUUACAUUACAAUUCAUAACAGUAGCAAAAUUACAGUUAUGAAGUAACAACGAAAAUAAUUUUAUGGUUGGGGGUCACCACACGUGAGGGACUGUAUUAAAGGGUUGCAGCCUUAGGAAAGUUGAGAACCACUAAACUAGAGAAUUCUGGGUCACCAUGUAUGUUCAUGUCACUUACUCAUGAAGACCCAUCAAGCAUAUAUUUGCAGCCUCAGGCCCCUGAUGACCCAAUCUGAGUUGAACUCAGGUAAUGGUGAAGUCUGUGUUUGGGGUGGAGCAUUAUAUAGGGGUUUAAGGGUAUUCUAGCUGGUUAGAUUUGAACCCGAGGAUAACUUAUCCUGGCUUAGGAUAAUUAAGGUUCUCAACCAGCUGCAUAUCCUGGCAAGGAUUCUUCCGGCUCUUGGAGUGCUCCCUAAGUGAAGAAAUUGGGCAUAUAACAGUUGGUUGUGUUGGAGCUGUCAGAGACACUUGAGUGUGGCUUCUGUACAAAAUGACUUGUGACCAAGAGCUAUGACACCACCUCUCCUAUUAGAAUGUCUGUAGAAUGGGAAGAACUCAAGACAUCAGGAAAAACCAUGUGGUGGAGACUGAAAACCUUAGAACCUCACUAACUCCACAGCUACUAAAGAUCCUAAAGAUCUUUUAACUAAUAGUUGGCACAUGUUCCAUUACCGAUAUAACAAGCUAAGUCUUCCAGUUCAGAAUAAGUGGAGGGGUUCAGUUGAUAGAGUGCUUUACCCAGCAUGCAGGAAACUCGGGUUUGGUCCCCAGCAUCAUAUUAAACAGGCAUGAUGGUAGAUAUAAUCCCAACUCCCAGAGGCAUAGGCAUGGGGAUUACUGUAAAUUCAUGAUCAGCCUAAACAACCUAGUAAAUUCAAGGCCGACUAGACCUAUAUAGUGAAACCCUAUCUCCAAACCAAAACAAACAAAAAUCAGAAGAAGUUGGGGCUAUUUGGUUUCUUGGUGCUCGAGUGUAGAUGGGAGAUUUUCUCAUGGCACCUCUGUUCCCAGUCUGUACCUCCUUGUUUGUUCCUUCUUUAGGAGAGUUCAGAGAGAAACUGGUAGGAAUAUUAACCCAAAAGAGCAGGUUUCAAUCCUGCCUAGAAAAGAGACCAGGAGCAGUGUGUAGCAACCAGCCCUGCCCCUGGGAAAGAGGUACAGCCUCCCAAACAGACAAAGAGCAAAGUCAAGGGGAAGCUUUGCCGAUUAGAGAAACUGAACUGGUCAGACUUUUCUUUAAUCUAUGACUCCAGAGAAUGACCCUGAGCACAGGAGCCUGGGAAAGGGUGCAGAGCAUGCUGCACACAGGGCUGGGACACACUCCCGAAGGUGACUGUGAUCAGUUGUUGGUGACAUGGCUUCCAUACCUCACAAGGAAGCAGGGUGCCUCCACACCGGAAGUGAAGCAUUACAAAGGAAGAUGUUGGGACCAAAAGAUCUUAGAAGCAAGAUGAUGAUGGAGGAACAUACAUCAAGGACAUGGAGUCAUGGCUCGCUGUUACACUUGGAAGCUCUUCUGGAAGAGGAGAGGAAAAUAGAGAAACAAGACCUGGGAGGCAUGGAAGAACAGUAGUGAUAAUAAGAAACCACAGGAUUUUCUGAGUGAGAAGAGCAGGGACGUGGUAGGAAGUUUUAAAAUGACCUGUAUUUUUAUUAUUAAUAAUAAUAAUGACACAGAUUAAUGGAGUUCGGUACAAUGAUUCUUUUCCUAUGUGUAUGUGAGAGUUGUAUGCACACUAUGUGAGUGCAGUACCCAAGGAUUUCAGAAGAGGGCAUCAUCUCCAGGAAUGGGAGCUAUAAACAGUUAUGACUAGCCAUGCAGUGUUAAACCUGGGUCCUCCAGAAGAGCGGUAUGCGCUCCUAACCACUGAGGUGUCUCUCCAGCCCCUGCUGUGAUAUUUCAACUAUUUAUACAGCAUACAGUGGUCAGUUUGGGGUAAUUAGCAUUCCUCUCCAUCACUGCUUGUUUUUAGACUUCGGGCUUCUCUGUUCUAGAUCUUUAUAAUGACAUUUUAUGUGAUUGUAUUGGUUACAGCCAUCCCCCUGCUUUCCUGUGAGUUGGGGGCACCAUCGACCCCUCUCCUUUCUGCCUUCCCCACUCUCAUUUAUUCCAGUCUCUGGACAUGACUUCUUCACAUUCGGGAUGACUUUCUUUGGCUUCCAUGUACGACAGAACAUUGUGGUGCUUGUCUUUCUGCACCUGAUCUACUGAAAUGUUUGUUUGUUUGCUUGCUUGCUUGUUUUUGCAGCACUGGGACUUGUGCAUGCUGGGCAAGCGAAACCAUUAGAGCUACAUCCUCAGCCUUUCUGGGCAUUUUAAUAUGAGAAAUGAUAGGAAAAUCUGUGAAACACAAGAAGGGGCAUUACUGAACACAUGAAACUUCCUUCUACAAAAAAAAAACCCACAAAAUUCCAUACAAGCAUUAUUAUUAUUUUUUUUUUUUUUGAGACAGGUUUUCUCUGUGUAGCUCUAGCUGUCCUGGAACUUAUUGUGUAGACCAGGCUGGCCUCAAACUCAGAGAUCUGCCUGCCUCUGCCACCAGAGUGCUGGGAUUAAAGUUGUUCUCCACAUUCUGGAUAAUCCUGAAAAGGCGAUUGAAAGAUGAACCAACUCUAAGGAAAGCCCAGGGCAGAGAGAGCCAGACAGAUGUGGACAGAGAUCAAGGCUGGGGUGCGAGGCUGAGAGGCAGACAGAUGUGGACAGAUCAAGUCCGGGCUGGGGUGCAAAACUGACCUAUACUGUACCUCCUUGUGUGACUUUUUCUAUGCAGGAGUAGAAGUUAAGAUUUGCCAAGCACUUAGAACAGGGUGGGAACGUGUUAUAUAAAUGGAAAGUAAUAAAUAGGUAUUCCGUUAGAUAUGUGGAAAUGAACACACUUCAUUUGCCUGGCACAUAAAAUCGGCAGGUCCCAAACAUGGGGCUCAUCUCUCUUGCCUCAAGGAGUCCAAGAUAAGCAAAUAGACAGACACUGGCAAGACAGAUGUCUAAGAAAAAAACUCAAGAAAUUUUAAAAAGUACUCCAAUUGCCAAGGAAACAGGAGGUCAUAUUAAGGACAUUAAAAUCGGCAUUGCGUCUUUCGAGAGAAAGGAGACAGGCGAGGCAGGAAGUGUAACAGAGAAGAUUAUCAAUGGCCAGGAGCACUUGAGAAUGAGGAAGGAGGAUGGUGACGGGUCUGGCCUUCACCAGGACUGGGAAGGUAAUUCUACAGAAACAACGCGAAGGUGGGUAGCUUCCCUGGGAGGCAGGCUCCACGGCCCCACACAGUUCCACAGCUGCAGAGCUGUGGUUAUAAACUACCUCCUUGAGUGUGAAAGGCUAAGGACAGUCAGUGAGCCACAGCAGGUGGCCCCACAACAGAAAUGGCCAGGGCUGCCAUCUUGCUAAGCAGGAUGGUCGACGCUACCAACCUGGUAGGAGCUAGAAUCACACGGUUAACAUUGUCAAAUUCUAGGUGCAUCUGUGAGGAGGUUCCUAGGCUGGAUUAGGCGAGGCUAGACUAUCUACCCUAAAUGUGAAUGACAGAUUUUAGGGGCUGGGAUUCCAUACUGAAAGGAAAGAGAGGAGCUGGCUGAGCACUGUCAUCGAUCUCUCUCUGCUUCCUGACUGCGAAUGUCAUGUGACCAGCCGCCUCAUGCAUCUGCCACCACGCCUUCUCCAUGAUAGCCAACACCUUCAAACCAUGAGCCACGGUAAACCCUGCCUUUCUUAAGUGGCUUCUGUUGGGUUAUUUCUAUAGCAACAAGCAGAGCAGGUAACACACCAAGUUUCUCGACUUCGCGAGACGCUUGAUAUGGGAGCAAACAAUCAGAACUGAAUCUGUGAGACCACAGAAACUGUGGCCCAACAAUUAGGCUCUAUCCAAACAGCAAGUGAAUUCUGAGAUCUCUGAAGUUUAACACAGGCUGGGGGUGGGGGUCAGGGUGGGCGUGUCCUGGGUUAUGGGUUCUUGUCAUAGAACACCAUCAAGAGGAGGAAGAUGGCUGUUUGUGGUCCUGGCUCCUUCCAUUUCUUGGGGCCUCCCUCCUAACACAGCCACAUCCUGGAGUCUCACACAGAUUUCAGAAGCAUGGUCUAAAGGCAAACACUAAGCUGCAGUGAGCAGUCGGAAGAACAAGAGCAAGCUUUUCACUAAGAAUGUUCCAUCGCCAAGAGAUGACCUGUGUCAACCAGACUUCAGGGACAGAGCCUGUGGAUUAGAGAGCCCCAGCUUCCAGUGUUUCCUCACCCUGAUGGGCAUGUUAUGAACACCACCUUCAGUUUCUCCCUGCCUCCUGGUUUUCCCUUCCCCACUGUCAGAGCCCUAACCUAGUUUACGGUAUUUGCAGGGGAGGAGAUGCUACAUAUAGCUUAGCAUUUUCUCCUCUCUCUACUCCAGGAGCCCAGCUGCUCUGUCGGACUAGAAAAAGGAAAAUCAGUUUUCUCCACAGCUGCCACCAGGUAUCAUCAGCCAUUUGUAUUUCUGACAUUUCCUGCUGUAUCUAGCCCAUAGCAGUGUUCCCGGGUUUGGAAAGCAUUGUGGCCAUUGUUACGCCUGGUAACCACCAACAGAGGCACAUAGUAUUAUUCUAGACCUGUAGUUGAGUUUUAUGUUUUGGGUAAACAUUGUCAUCUCACUUUUUUUCCUGGUUUUAACCUUGUUUCAGGUUUAACCUUGUUUAAAGUUGCUCCGUGAGAUCCGGUUCACUGUACACAUCCCCACACAGCUUCCCUCUCCUCACGCUCUCUGGCAUUAAGUGUUAAUUUCUGCAGUUCCUGUUUCCGUAUCUUGUUCAGCUGCCUUCCCUACACACUGGAGGUGACUGUGGAGGCUGAAUAUGCUCUCUUCUCUCUAAUUCAGUGGCUCUCAACCUUCUUCAUGCUAUGUGGUCCUUCAGUACAGCCCCACAGGUUGUGGUGACCCCCCACUAUAAAAUUAUUUUUGUUGCUACUUCAUAACUGUAAUUUUGCUACUGUCAUAAAUCAUAAUGUAAAUAUCCGAUAUUGAGGUUAUCAGGUACUGGACCCCUGUGAAGGGUUGUUCAACCCCCGCCCCUCCAGGGUUCUCGACCCACAAGUUGAGAACAACUGCCCUCAUUUGCUUUGUGUUUGGUUUUCUAUCAUAGCAAAGGCAAAAUAACUAACACAGUCGAUCCUCACCUUCCACCUUGAGACGAGGUCUUCCAUUGUCCCUACUAUGGACGUCAGCCAGGAGCUUCAGGGGCUAUGCUCCCAUCUCCCGUGUCCCUGCAGGAUGUGUGCACCCACACCCAGCUUCACCAGAGUCCUGGGGUUCCGAACUCGGGUCCCCAUGCUUGCACAACAAGUACUGCACUCACUGAGCCGUCUCCCCAGCCUCUG